AUGCCUGUGUCCUGGUUUCUUCUGUCUUUGGCACUGGGCCACAGCCCUCAGGUCACCUCCCUGGAGAGGCUUCCAGGGUCUCAGAACUCCGUGUAUUGCUCUCCGGGCCUUUCCUGCCACCUCUGGGAUGGUGACAUGCUCUGCUUGCCCGGGACCCUCGAGCCUGCCCCAGGCCCAGUGCUAGUACCUGCCAGCCUGCAGACAGAACUGGUGCUGAAGUGCCACCAGGAGACUAGCUGUGACCCCUGCGUGCGUGUGGAUGUCCGUUUGGCUGUGCAUGGGCACUGGGAAGAACCUGUAGAUGAAACAUUUAGAGGAGCAGCCGGCCUGGAGCAUGGAGAACCUAGCCACGCUUUUCUGCACUCCCAUGUCGUGCUGUCCUUCCAGGCCUACCCAGCUGCCCGCUGUGUCCUGUUGGAGGUGCAAGUACCAACCUCCCUGGUGCAGCCCCAUAGGCUUGUGGGCUCUGUAGUAUUUGACUGCUUUGAGGCUGCCCUGGGAGAUGAAGUGCAAAUCUGGUCCUAUACUCAGCCCAGAUACCAGAAGGAACUCAACUUCACCCAGCAGUUGCCUGAUUGCAGGGGGCUCGAAGUCCAGGACAGUAUCCAGAGCUGCUGGGCCCAGUCUUGGCUCAGCUUGUCUGCAGAUGGUGACAACGUGCGCCUGGUGCUAGACGUCUCUGAUAAGCAGCGCUUCAGCCUUUCCCUGUACUGGGACCAAGUUCAGGGCCCCCCAAAGCCCAGGUGGCAGAGAAACGUGACUGGGCCCCAAAACGUUACCUUGAACUACACAGAACUGGUCCCCUGCCUCUGCAUUCAGGUGUGGCCCCUGGAACCCGACUCCAUCAGGACAAACCUUUGCCCAUUUGGGAAGGACCCCCGUGCUCACCAGAAUCUAUGGCGUGUCACCCAGCUGCAGUUGCUGCCUCCAUUGAGCUGGCGACUGAGUGCACCAUGUGAGGAGCUUCAGGCAGAGAUGGUGCUGUGCUGGCAGGCACCUCAUGGGGGCCCCUGUCAGCCUCUGGUCCCUCCACUGUCCCGGAAAAAUGUCACUAUCAAUAAGGUCCUGGAUUUGCCCUUGUUGCAAGGCCACCCUAAUCUCUGUGUUCAGGUGAGCAGCUUGGGGAAGUUGCAGCUGGAGAAGUGCCUGUGGACUGACUCGCUGGGGUCCCUCAAGGAUGACAUGUUGCUGGUGGAGAUGCAAGGCCAUCAUGAAAACAGAUCGCUGUGUGCUUUGGAAUCUGGUGGCUGCACCCCACUUCCCAGCAGAGCCUUCACGAGGGCAGCUCGCUUUGGAGAGCAACUACUGAGGGACCUGCAGUCAGGCCAGUGUGAACGGCUGUGGAAUGGCACCUUGGGAGUGCUGUGGGCCUGCCCCAUGGACAAGUACAUUCACAAGCGCUGGGUCCUGGUGUGGUUGGCCUGCAUGCUUUUUUUUGCCGUUCUGCUUCUCCUUUUCCUUCUCAGAAAGAAUCAAGUGAAAGUGACCGUGAGGAGCCGCCGAGCUCUGCUGCUUUACUCUGCGGACGACCGGGCCUUUGAGCGCCUGGUGGGCGCCCUGGCCUCUGCACUGUGCCAGCUGCCACUGCGCGUGGCCGUGGACCUGUGGAGCCGCCAGGACCUGAGCGCGCAGGGUCCUCUAGCCUGGUUCCACGCGCAGCGCCGCCUGACCUUGCAGGAGCGUGGCGUGGUGAUCUUGCUCUUCUCGCCCGGGGCCGUGGCGCGGUGCCGCGAGUGGCUGCAGGCGGGUGCGCCCGCCGGGCGGCGCCCUUCGCACGACGCCUUCACCGCCGGGCUCAGCUGCAUGCUGCCGGACUUCCUGCAGGGUCGCGCGACUGGCCGCUACGUCGGGGCCUGCUUUGACCGGCUGCUGCCCCCGGACACAGUGCCCGCCCUCUUCCACACUGUGCCGGUCUUCUCGCUGCCCGCGCAGUUGCCCGACUUCCUCGAGGCCCUGCAGGGCCCCGGCGUCCCCCGGCCGGGAUCGCUCCGGGACAGGGCAGAGCACGUGGCCCGGGCCCUUCAGCCGGCCCUGGACGGCUGCUUUCGGGCCCCGGGAUACGACCAGCAUCAUCCCUUCCCCCAGGCCCUUUAA